UCGUGGUAAUGAACUGUGCGGGACCAUUGUUGGGAGUUGAGUGAUUAGGGGCGAGGGAAUGAUGACGGGCGUGCUGGCGUUGUUGGUCGUUUGGCUGCGAAUGUGCGCUCCCGCCGCGCGAUUAUCCUUGGCGGACUGGAACAGCUACAAUUUCCGGGAACCUUCAGGACCCGGAACCUACGCCUUCGGCUACGAUAUCGAUGAUCCCGCCAGCGGGAACGUCCAAUUCCGGGACGAGGAGCGACAUCCCAACGGGACGGUGACGGGCAGCUACGGCUACGUCGAUCCCGAGGGAAGGGUCAGGAUGGUGCGCUACGUCGCCGACCACAGGGGCUACAGGGCAACGCAAGAGGAGGGCCUGAAAUUAUCGAUGCUGAAACCGCUGAACCAAUUUCCGGGGACUCAAGGAUAUCCGCCCUAUCGCUAUUACUUCCCACACAAUAAUUUGUAACUAUUUAUUUAAUUAUUUAUUUCAAUAUAAAAUAUUUUA